AUGAGAAAAACGAUCAGUCCACCCCUCUUUCUUUUCACAGCUUAUGUUGGAAAAAGGCUUGUUGUGUGCAAGAAAUAUUUCCUUAAAGCUUCUUCUUUCUCUUUUUCUUCUUCUUUCUCUUUUUCUUCUUCUUUCUCUUUUUCUUCUUCUUUCUCUUUUUCUUCUUCUUUCUCUUUUUCUUCUUCUUUCUCUUUUUCUUCUUCUUUCUCUUUUUCUUCUUCUUUCUUUUUCUUCUUCUUUCUUUUCUUCUUCUUUUCUUUUUCUUCUUCUUUUUUUUUUCUUUCUUUUUUUCUUCUUUCUCUUUUUCUUCUUCUUUCUCUUUUUCUUCUUCUUUCUCUUUUUCUUCUUCUUUCUCUUUUUCUUCUUCUUUCUCUUUUUCUAGUGCCUGAACACCUAUUUGUCAUUAGGAGCUUAAGCCGUCUACAGCGGAGAUCGGAAAGUGCAUUUAUCCCCAUCCAUGUUACAGCUACUGGGCCUCGGACACGCAGCCGUGUUACAAUAUGGAAUUUACCAGAAGAAGUCCUUGUCUUACUUCUGAAAGGUCUCCAUGUCCGUGAUCUCUUAACCAUGCGAGCUGUUCAUCCGUAUUUCCAAGAUCUCAUUGAUAACAGCAUAUCUAUUUGGUCAUCUGCCAACUUUCAGGAUUCCUGGCCAUCUCCACAAAACAUCAGGCAUUUUGAAAAGGCUGCAAACCACUGCAAUAUUGAAGCACUUGUGAAGCUAGCAUUGGCUCAUUUGUACAACGAAGGAUUACCUGGUGACAAAGAAAACAAACAAAUAACAAGAAAUGGCUUUGUUGCUGCUGAAAUGUUUUGCAAAGUGGAAAAACUGUGCUCUGGGUGUAGUCCAUUUUGUUGGCUUUUCAUCCGUCCUCCCUGGUCAAUGAAUGGAGCCUGCUGCAAAGAGUGUGUUUUUACAUAUUUCCGACUUUAUCUACGAAAAGUUAUGGAUCCCAAAAUACAGAUUUGUGUUGUGAAAACAAUGUUAUUGAUUGACAAAGAAGAGAAUAGACAAGAUGCUUGGAGCCUUUUAGAAGCAGCAGCCAAUCAGGGUUCUGCAGCAGCUGCCUUCAUGUUGUGGGAAAAUAACUACCAGCAUAAUGUAAACACUGAACGUGCUCUGGAACUUGAAAGUAUCCGUGAGCUACGGGACAUUGCUAGUGCAGGCAGUCUUGAUGCCCAGCUAAUGCUUUGCCGCUUCUAUGCUUCUGGUAAAUAUGGUGGACUCAGCUAUCAUCAAGCUGCAGCCUUCUGUAGGGACCUGGUGCAGUCCUCCCGGCCAACUUCAAUCCAUAAAGUGUUCCAAUGUAGUCAUGAACUGACACCAAAUAUGAGGUAUAUUUUAGUUGACUGGUUAGUAGAAGUUGCUGAAAUGAAAGAAUUAUCCAGUCAAACAUUACAUGCAUCAAUAGCACUGAUGGAUCGGUAUUUAAAAAUCCACCCAACAUCAAGAAGUAUUUUGCAACUUCUGGGUGUUGUAUCAAUGCUAGUAUGCUCAAGAUAUUUAGGUAAAGAUAUUAUCACAAUCAGGGAAGCUGCUUGGUUAACUGACAAUACAUACAAAUAUGAAGAUGUGGUCAAGAUGAUGGGAGAAAUUGUUGCCACACUCAAAGGGAACAUUAGGGUGCCUACUAGUCUAGACUUUGCCAGUAUCUUCUGCUUGAUGGAUGAAAUGGAUGUAGUCAGUGAAAACUUAGUCAACUACAUUUGUGAACUUUGCCUUCUACAUUCAGAACUUGGGCAUUAUUCCCCUGUGGAAACUGCUGCAAGUGCUUUUAUCUUGUCUCGUCUUAUUCAAAGAAUGGAUCCUUUAUGGCCUGAGAAAAUGGCAUUAUUCACAGGAUAUUGCCUGAGAGAUGUUAGGAUUUGUGUCAUACACAUUCAUAGAAAAUGCUUUUCUGAAGGAGUAGUCAUUGACCACAGAGAUGUCGUAUUACAAGCUGUAAAACUUCGUUAUGGAUCUGAGCGAUUCCACAGUGUUAGCCAAAUCAUGGUACCCAAUUUUGAAAAUGUUUGCUCACGCCUAGGUAUGGCUAGUGAACAUCAAAUUGGUGAUCCCAAUUAUCGUAGAAAAUGUAGAAAUACAAAAGAUCUUAUUAUGUCACCAUCUCGGAAGGAAGCUGUUAGAAGGUAUGAUGUGAAAAAAUAUUUCCUUUCGCUUUUACUUUUUCUUUCUCUCUCUCUCCCCCUACGUGCUCUCUCUCCCCCACGUGCUCUCUCUCUCCCCCCCACGUGCUCUCUCUCUCCCCCCCCCCGUCUCCUCUCUCCCCCCCACGUGCUCUCUCUCUCUCCCCCCCGUGCUCUCUCUCCCCCCCUCUAUCUCUCUCUCUCUCUCUCUCCUAUCUCUCCUCCCCCUCUCUCUAUCUAUCUCUCUCUCCCAUCUCUCUCUCUAUCCCCCCCUCUCUCUGCUCUCUCUCUCUCUCUCUCUAUCUCUAUCUCUCUCUCUCUCUAUCUCUAUCUCUCUCUCUCUCUAUCUCUCUAUCUCUAUCUCUCUAUCUCUAUCUCUCUAUCUCUAUCUCUCUAUCUCUAUCUCUAUCUCUAUCUCUAUCUCUCUAUCUCUCUAUCUCUCUAUCUCUAUCUCUCUAUCUCUAUCCCUAUCUCUAUAUCUAUCUCUAUCUCUAUCUCUCUAUCUCUCUAUCUCUCUCUCUCUCUAUCUAUCUCUAUCUCUCUCUAUCUCUCUCUCUCUCCAUCUCUCUCUCUCUAUCUCUAA